GGCCGGCGGCUCCCCGGGGCGGCGCGCAGCCUGCGCGGUGCCCCCGGCGGCUCGCCCGCUCCCCGCCUCGAAAAAGCGGCGCGUCCCGUCCUUCCUUCCCCGCCGCGGCCGCCCCCUCUCCGGUCCCGCGGAGCGGCGCGCAGCCCUCGCAUCAUGGCGGGGCGUGCGGACGCGCUGUGGCUGUCCCCGUGGCUGUGGCUGUGGCUGUGCACGGCGGGGCUGUGCGCGGCGGCGGAGCUGCGACUGACCCUGUUGCACACCAACGACGUGCACGGGCGGGUGGAGGCGCAGGGCGCGGGGCCGCGGCGCUGUGCGGGGGAUGCCCCGGGAUGCUUCGGCGGCGUGGCGCGGAGAGCGGCGAGGGUGGCGGCGGAGCGGGCCGCGCACCCCAACGUGCUGCUGCUGGACGCCGGGGACCAGUACCAGGGCACGGUGUGGUUCUCCCGCUUCAAGGGCCGGGAGGCGGUCCACUUCAUGAACCUCCUGCGCUACGAUGCCAUGGCUUUGGGUAACCAUGAGUUCGAUGAAGGUGUGAGUGGAUUAUUGGAUCCUCUUCUUAAAAAUGCUAAUUUUACAGUCCUGAGUGGAAAUAUUAAAGGGAAAACUCCAUUAGGGAAUGAAAUGAUGAAAUAUGUUCAUCCUUUUAAAAUAGUUCAUUUUGACUCAGAAUCAGUAGGAAUUGUUGGCUACACUACACAGGAAACUUCUUUUCUUUCACAGCCAGGGGAUGAUAUAAUCUUUGAAGAUGAAAUUGAAGCAUUGCAAGUGCAAGUGAAUAAGCUUACUGCUAUGGGAGUGAACAAAAUAAUUGCACUAGGACAUUCUGGUUUUACCGUGGACAAAAAUAUUGCCCAAAAAGUGAAAGGAGUGGAUGUUGUGAUUGGAGGACAUACAAACACGUUUCUUUACACAGGCACCCCACCCUCUACUGAAGUGCCAGCUGGCCCAUAUCCAUUCAUGGUUGACUCAGAUGAUGGGAGGAAGGUGCCAGUUGUACAAGCUUACGCUUAUGGAAAAUAUCUUGGUUACUUAAAUGUUACAUUUGACAAGAAAGGAAAUGUAGUUGAAGCAGUUGGGAACCCCAUUUUGCUGGACAGCAGUAUCCCUGAAGAUGAGCACAUUAAAGAAGAAGUGGAAAAAUGGAGAGAAAACCUGGGGAAUUAUUCUAAAGAGAUUGGAAAAACUAGUGUUUACCUGAAUGGUACAAGCCAAGCAUGCCGUUUCCAGGAAUGUAACAUGGGAAAUUUGCUUUGUGAUGCUGUGCUUUAUGAAAAUGUUGGGCGUCCAGAUAAAAAAUCAUGGAACCACGUUUCAAUGUGCAUCCUGAAUGGAGGUGGGAUACGGUCACCCAUUGACGAACAGAGCACUAAUGGUAGCAUAACUGUGGAAGAUUUGCUGUCUGUUUUGCCAUUUGGAGGUCGUUUUGAUAUGGUGAGGGUAAAAGGCUCCACUCUGAAAGAAGCUUUUGAGCACAGUGUGCAUAGAUACGGAAGAGGAAGUGGAGAGCUGCUGCAGGUUGGAGGCAUCCAUGUGGUCUAUGAUCUUUCCAGAGCCCCAGGAAGCAGAGUUGUUAGCUUAGAAGUGCUUUGCACAGCCUGUCGAGUCCCAUCCUACAUCCCACUCCACAUGGAUGAAAUAUACAAUGUGACUCUUCCAUCCUAUAUGUUAUUUGGAGGAGAUGGCUAUCAUAUGCUGAAAGACAAAAAUAUGGGAUACAGCAAAGGUGAACCUGAUAUUGAGGUUGUUUCCCGCUACCUACAGAGAAUGGAGAGAGUUUACCCAGCAGUUGAAGGUCGAAUAAAGUUUUCUUCUGGAAGUCUUCAAAAAGCAAGUCUUACCCUGAUCUCUGCAUUGUUCACUGCGACAUUCUUGCACACUUGAUUAUUGCUCUCUAUGUUUUUGUUUGGAGGAAGAAAGGAGGAGAAAUGAUGCUGAUGAAGCAAAAAGAGAAUUGUUCUCUUUCCUCUUUUCUUACACCUUACAAUGAAUGAGCAGUGAGAUUGCUGCAUGUUAGCAGUAAGCAGCCCAAUCCAUUGUCUUUUAUCUGGUAGUGCAUCAAAGCACUCUGUGCAGAGCGAGGGGGCAGAAUUCGGUUUG